AUGGAGAAUCUGAAGAGCCUUUUACGAACCGAGGGAGCAACGUUAACCCGGUUUGAGCGACCGCUGCCCUUUCCUGUGGACCCAAAUUUCUUGAUCGCCACCGUUGAUGCUGAUUCCGCGAUGCUCUUUAAGGUAAGCAAGAAGUGCUCAUGUAAGGAGGGAGUUUAA